UCCCCGAGCGCACACGGCGUAGAGGAGAGUACGGCGCACGAGUCUCUGGAAGGAAGAUAACGGUUUCUUUUUUUGCCCCUCUCCACUCAAACAACAAGAACAAACCAAACCUGAAUUUUUAGGGGGGGUUAUACAGUCUUCACAUCAUAAGGAGGAGGGAAGCGAGGGAUUGGAGCCGCAAGUUUUUUUUCUUUUUUUUUUCUCCUUUUCCUAAAAGAGGAUUCUGUGUUUCACGGUGGUUUGUUCUCCGCUCUCGCCGCAAAGAUGAUGGUCGGAGAGGUCGAAGUGAAGGAGCGACCGAGGCCGAGUCCCGACUAUUUGAUGCAAUUAUUAAACGAGAAGAAGCUCAUGACCAGUUUGCCAAAUCUCUGCGGCAUCUUCACACACCUGGAGAGGCUUCUCGAUGAAGAGAUUAACAGAGUGCGUAAAGACAUGUACAGCGACACAGUGAAUGGCCUUGUGGACAGACACCCUCUGGAGCUGCCUGAGCCUAUCGGACCCAUUGUCCACCUGCAGGAAAAACUGUUUGUGCCUGUCAAAGAGUACCCUGAUUAUAACUUUGUGGGGAGAAUCCUUGGCCCUCGGGGACUCACAGCCAAACAGUUGGAAGCAGAGACGGGAUGCAAAAUCAUGGUGCGAGGCAAGAGCUCCAUGAGAGACAAGAAGAAGGAGGAGCAGAACAGAGGGAAGCCAAAUUGGGAACACUUAAACGAAGACCUCCAUGUCCUGAUCACAGUGGAAGACACGCAGGGCAGAGCUGAGAUCAAGAUGAGGAGAGCGGUGGAGGAGGUCAAGAAGCUCCUCGUACCUGCUGCGGAGGGAGAAGACAAUUUGAAGAAGAUGCAGCUGAUGGAGCUAGCGAUUCUCAAUGGGACAUACAGAGACAACAACAUCAAAACACCCACCCUUGCAUUCUCUCUUGCAGCAGCGGCAGCAGCCGCUCAGGGCCCCCGUCUCAUAGCGGCCCCUACUGGUCAGGUGUUGCCUCCCCAGGCACUCCGGCCCCCAACACCAGCUGGGGCCCCCAUCAUGAACCUCAUCCGGCCCACUCAGAUGGCUGCCAUGCUGCCCAAUGGCACCCCCACCCUGGUGCCUCCCACACCGGAUGGCGGGCUAAUCUACACCACCCCUUACGAGUACCCUUACGCCCUGGCACCCACCUCCCUGCUGGAGUACCCCAUCGAGCACAGUGGGGUUCUAGGUAAGAGAGCCUGGGGAAGCAUGGGUGCAGCAGGUACUCCCAACUUUAGCCAGCCUGGACAGGAGGGCAGCUUGUUUUACCCCGGAGCUGGGGUGCUGGACGCAGCUUCCAUGAGCCACAGUCAGGACUUGUUGAAAGGUGCAAUGGCUACUAAAGUGAGACGGCAUGACACGCGGGUCCAUCCUUACCAAAGGAUUGUGACCGCUGACAGAGCCGCCACCGGCAACUAACACAUGACCUUCUGACCUCUGAACUCUUCACCCAAUGACGAGCCGCCCCAAGCCUGCCUGCUGAUCAGUUAACUGGUAAUUGCCUUUUGCUAGCCUCUCGGACGCAAGUGAGAGAGAGAGAGAGAGAGAGAGAGAGGCGCCUGCCCGUACAGUUACCCUAACACGUUCUGACAAAAAAUAGAAGACAGAAAACACAACAAAAACCCAACAGAGUUGUGUAAUAUUCAUUUUUUCCCUCUGUUCAUUGAGUUCAAUUCCCAUUCUUUCUCUUUCUUUUUCUUCAUGAAUCAUAAACUGGGUGGAUGUGUUUGUGGUAUUACUCAUGAAUCUGCACUGAAUUAUAUAGCAAUAAAGACCCCCACCCCAACCUGCCCACCCACCCUCCUUUAAUCACUCUAAUUUGGUGACCUCAGUUGUUUGAAUCCGAGUUCAAUAUCUAUUUGACGCAAACCAUUUGGUUUCAGAGUAAUGACAUCAUCCUCCUUCAAAAAACAAAACAAAAAGCCCCCACCUGUCCCACCCUGUUCCCACCUACCGGGAGAGAAAAAGAAAUAGAAGGAAAGAGAACGUACACUCACAUUAACUUGUUUAAUUUCUGUCAUUUUUCACAUGUAGUGCAGUUGUUGAGCUCUAAGAUGUAAUUAUGAGCUGACACAUUCUGGGUGUGCCCCUCCGAACAGCUUUCUGUCUGUUUUGUUUUGUUUUUUUUUAAAGCAUGGCUGAAAUGAUUGCAAGAAGGAGCUUUUUACGAUUUGUGUGGUUUAUUUUUUUCCUCUGUCUUUUUUUUUUUUUGGCUUUACUUUUGAGUUAUUUUCUCCACUUGGUUUUUCUGUUGUUCAUAUUUGACUAAUUAGCUUUGCUUAAAUUGACUAGCCAAAAUGAGGCAGGUGGUUAUCUCUGGAAAACAAAAAGGCAAUCUGAUGUUUGAAGCAGGCUGCAGAAACUGAGAAUUGAUGAAGGGCAAGAUGGGAAGGUCACUAAUUGGGCUGAUGGGUUUGUGUGUGUGUUUUUUUUUUUUUUUUUUUUAAUUAAUACUACAAUGAAAGUAGGGUGUGCUGAGGCUUCGGGGACAUUGGAGCAGUGCUUAUUAGCUACUGACCAUUGCUACGCCCCCAUCCACACUACAUCCAUUAUACAGUGCCUGAUGUAUUUAGAAAAAUAUCUCAAUGAGUUUAGCUGAGCUGUGAUUGAAAAGACAAAAAAAAGUAUUAAGUGUGAAUUUAGCCAAAGGGUUUUCCAAUUAAUUAUAUAUCUGCAAUUAUGCAUCUGUCUCACAGAGGGCUCUCUUUGUGAUUUUAGAGUUUGGAAGGGUGUGAGUUUGUGGUGCCUGCCUUCAGCUGGAACAGACAGCCAGUCAGUUAGAUGAGUUUUGACCCAUUAAUGCUCUAUUUUUUUUUCUGAGGAGGAGAACGCAGGCAAUUAACACUAAAUCAACACGCUACUCAAUUACAGUACGUUGCUAGGGGGAAGGGCACUUUGAAGUUCUGUACAUAAAUGCUUUUGUCAUGAGGCUUCUGUAUUGAGUUGCUUCAUCAGCCACAUUGCCAAAAGACUGUUUAUUUUCUUUAUUUUUCAUUUUUUGCAUCUCAACAUUUGGUCAUUUUUGUUCAAAUGUAUUUUUUGUUUUUAACCCCAGUCAUCACAUGGGACAUCAGGUGUUUAGAAAUUAGGCAAAAUCUUAUUUAGUUCCGAUUACUUUCGUGAUGAAACAUUUUUUUAUCACAUGAACGAACCCUCCAAAAGCGCAUCCACAAUGUGUCACACCUCCCUGUGAACGUAGUCUCCUGAGCCCACAAUCUUUUGUUGAACUCUCUCAAGAAAAAAUAGGAUGUGAAAGCCAUGCCUGCCUGUUCAAAUUGCUUUAUACAUACGUCUUAUAUAUAUAUAAAUAUA